AUGAUUGCGGAUAUUGCGGUCGUAAAGAUACAUGAUUUCUGAAACUACAUGAUUAUUUGCACAGAGGAGCACGCGUUGUAAACAGCUCAUAGUGUGUUGAAACUUCAGCUGGACGGUUACUGUUAUUUAAUUCUUUAAUUAAAAGGAACACUAUUUGAGUACAUUCCGAAGUAUUUUCGAAGUUUUUUAUAGCAAGAUAAAUGGCAGAAGAAAAAGGUGGCACACAAUUCGUCAGCGUAUUGGAUGCUGCCAGUAAAAAGAAGGCACGAGAUGAGCUAAAUGAGAGGAACGAGAAAGACACGAUACUGGCGGUACAGUCCCUAAGAGAAUGGGCGUUACAGCAAGAUUGGCUGAAAUCUCCAACAGACUACGCAUUUCUGUUGCGGUUUUUGAGAUUUCGGAAAUUCAGCCAACUAGAUGCGCGGAAGGCACUCGAGAAGUUUUGGACUGUGCGAACCGGAAGGCCAGACUGGUUCACAAACGAGGAUCCGUUUGAUCCUGUUCUUCUGAAAUUAAUGAGAAUGGGCGCAUUUUACGCCAGCCCCAAGCGCGACAAGCACGGGAGAAUUGUUAUGUUUGGCGGGUUCGAAAAACUGGAUACCGAAUUUUUUAAAUCUGUUGGCGUUUCCAAGAUGUACCAUAUGAGCGCACUGCUCUGUGAUUGGUUGACAUUCAACGAGCACGCGCAGGUCAACGGUGUCGUUUUUGUGAGCAAUUACGCUGGGAUCACUUGGAGCAUGAUAACGACCUUAUACAAUCCUGAAUUCGAAAAGGAAUUCACGAGUUAUUUUCAGAAAAGUCUGCCAAUACGCGUUAAGUCUUUGGACAUAUUCAACGAACCGCCUUUCUUUGACGCCAUCUGGGCAAUGGUUUCUAUCAUCCUGUCGAAGAAAUUGAAGAGCAGGUUUCAUCUACACGGGAAAAGCUUGGUGAAGAUAUACAACGAAAUAGGUUACGAAUGCAUCCCAGACGAGUAUCUACCUGACGAUUAUGAAGGCCCCAGGGUGGGGACUAUUGCGCAGGUUGUUGAAACGAUGAUAGAAGACAUGCGUCGUCCUGAAUUCCUGACAUACAUACGGGACCUUUCCAGCGGAAAAUAUGGCGUCGAUAAAUCCCGCAUACCCGCGAAAACUAGUGACGAAUCUCCCGCGGCCUCGUACAGAAAAAUAAACACAGACUAAUGUAUUCAGAAACUACAUGUGUCCGAUGAAUUGGACGUGCGGUAUCUAGGUGCGACGAAAUAUAAAUGAAUAGUAUUAUUUCAGACUAAUACAUCAAUAAUGAGACGCCUUUUACGUUCAUUUUUUUAAUGUUUGUUUCUACAUGUUGUACAUUGUUUGAAAUUAUUACGUAUAUUUGAAACAAACUCGAACACAUUCAAAAUCAUCACUUUCUCGAAAUUCUGCCCAGUCCUUUUAAGUUUCGAGUGUUUGUUGAGUUGUUGUUUUCGCCGUUUUCAACAGUUUUUAGUUUUUACACGUCGGAAAGAUUGGUCAAAACAAAUAUUUCAUGAUCAGUCUCCCAACAAGUUUUGUGGCCGGAGAUUGAUCGAAGCCGCUCUCCUCGGAUUUGUAUUGUAGCUCUCUACCAAUAGAGCUAUCAUGUCCGGUUUGAAGUUAAUACAUUAUUAUUUAAUAAAAGUGUAUGUUUUUUUGUGUGAUUAAUAUUAAUUUGGAUGUAGCAUGUAUCUGUUUGAAUUUAUGGAAGAGAAAUGGAUGCGACAUUUAAUGGUGCUUACAAUUGAAAAAGUGCAUGUUAUUUCAAAACAUACCGUUUCUGUAAAUUGUCCCUUCAUGUGAUACGAUAUUUUCUGUCGUUUUGCAUUAUUCUCAUACAUUAUUGAAUCUCCUCGUGUUUUAUCUUUUAUUUUUAAAUAAAAUUACAGUUUAUGAA